AUGUCUUCCACCGCGAGAGUGGGUAUCAUAGGAUCGGGCGCAGCUGGGUUGAUCACUGCGCACGUCCUCAUUCAAGAUGGCUUUAAGAGUGUCGAGAUCUUGACGAGGGAUAAUGCGCCAGGUGGGGUUUGGGCGGCUCAGAGAGUCUAUCCAGGAUUGACGAUCAACAAUGUGCAUGGGGAAUUCAGGUUCUCGGCUUUACCGAUGCCUCUACCUGCUAAUGCCAACGUAACCGGUGGACGACUUUCCGGAGAGGACAUGCGAGCGUAUAUGGAGAGCUUCGCCGAUCGGUUCUUGAAAGACCGCAUCAAGUACGAUACCGAAGCUUUGAAUAUCUGUCGUCGUAAUGGGGGUGGCUGGGUCGUUACAGCCAAGGGUCUCAAUAGUGGCACAAUGUUUGAGUUGGAAUACGAUAAGAUCGUUUUGUGUACUGGGGGAUGCAAUGAACCUCGUGUUCCUAACGACCUGUCUGCGGAAGUAGCGAAGGAAGCUGGUUUCCGAGGACCCGUAAUCCAUAGUUCUCAGUUUGCUUCGCGUAUUCUUUCAAUCCUGAAUGCCGUAGACCCCAGUGAAGGAGCAGUCAUUGUCGUAGGCGGUGGAAAGUCAGCUCAAGACGCUGCAUCGUUUUUGGCUAGAGAAGGUCGACGGGUGAGAAUGGUAUUCGAGGCUGCAGAUCCCGUUGUUGCUGCACCGGUACCACUUCCUGCGUUCAUUCGGAAAAGCAGGUUUCUGGCACUGAUUUCACCUCACGUUGAAUUGAAGACGCGGCUAGAACGCUUCUUGCACACGACUUGGCUUGGAAGCAAAAUCGUCAAAGCAAUAUGGGCGUUCCUGUCAUGGAGUUCCUUCUUCUCACUUAACAUUCCCUCCAACUCCCCUCUCCGCCGGACUCACUCGCUGUUCUAUGGUGUCCGAACGAAUGAUGAAGGUGUAGGGAGGCCAGAUGGUUUCCACGCUCUUGUAAACCAGGGAAAAAUCGAACUCGUCGCUCCUGUUCGUGUGAAAGGUUAUGCGCCAUCCUCGGGAUCUGAGGGCAAGACUGUGAAGGUGGUGUUGAACGAUGGGAGAGAGUUGACAGCUAACGCUGUAAUACUCGCUACUGGGUUUAUGUCUUCAUGGAGUAAGAUAUUUGAUGACGCUACUGCAGAAGAAUUGGGUUUGAAGACAUACCCAGUCAAGAGUGAUGCGUUCGCGGACGAGUGGAACUAUACUACACUUGACUCUUCCGUCUUGACCAAUCAUGAACGUGGGGUUGCCAGGGCAGCCAACAUUUACAGAGGUAUCGUCCCAGCGAAGAACAUAACUCAGAGGGACUUUGCCAUCAACGGUGCCAUCUUCACAACGAACAACGGCUACGCUUUCGAAGUCAUUGCGCAUUGGAUCUCAUCAUACUUCCUCAAAGACCCUUUCCUCCACUUGCCUCUAACACCCCAGGCCGCCAUACAAGAAGCUGAGCGGAACAAUGCGUGGUUGGGGAAACGGUACCCAAAUAUGUUGAAUGAGAUUAAUGAGAGUUAUAGCAGUGAUUUAGCCUUUUGGAGUUGGCCUCAAGUGGUUUCGACGUUGUUAGAAGACAUGAGUUUGCCAAGUUGGCGAAGUGGAGGUAAUUGGUUUACUUGGCCGUUCAAACCGAUUGACUUGGAGGAGAUUGCGUGCUUGAAGCAAGAGCGGGAUCAAAAGCGUGUUGAAUGUAUGCAGAAGAACUAGGCAUACAGUAUCCAAAUUUUAUGCAUAUCUACCAGCUGUAUUCAACAUAAACACUUGGCUUAUUAUUGCAUGCGUCGAGCUUGAAGAAAUACAUCGGACGUGCUUCCC